AAUAAUAAUAAUAAUACAUCACACAGUCCUAGACACUUGGGAAGUGUUUGACUUGUGAUUUUUUGAUACGAAAUCCAGCAUGUCUAUCUUGUUUCCUGUGUCAUAAUAAAAUAUUAAUAAUAUCAUAUAAUAAUCAUCACCAUAGUACAAUAUAACAGUGUCAUCAUAAUCUAUAAUUGUUCAGCAGUCUCCUAUCACACAUCCAAAAACAAACAAGGUCUUUCUCAUCCCAAGCUAGUAAUAUAAUAAGUCUAAUAAUAAUAAUAAUAAUAUCAUAUAGCAAUAUAUAAUUGUUCAGCAGCCUCCUAUCAAUCUGUUUCUAAUAUCAUAUAAUAAUCGUCACCAUAGUACAAUAUAACAGUGUCAUCGUAAUCUAUAAUUGUUCAGCAGUCUCCUAUCAAUCUGUUUCUAAUAUCAUAUAAUAAUCGUCACCAUAGUACAAUAUAACAGUGUCAUCGUAAUCUAUAAUUGUUCAGCAGUCUCCUAUCACACAUCCAAAAACAAACAAGGUCUUUCUCAUCCCAAGCUAGUAAUACAAUAAGUCUAAUAAUAAUAAUAAUAAUAUCAUAUAGCAAUAUAUAAUUGUUCAGCAGCCUCCUAUCAAUCUGUUUCUAAUAUCAUAUAAUAAUCGUCACCAUAGUACAAUAUAACAGUGUCAUCAUAAUCUAUAAUUGUUCAGCAGUCUCCUAUCAAUCUGUUUCUAAUAUCAUAUAAAAAUCGUCACCAUAGUACGAUAUAACAGUGUCAUCGUAAUCUAUAAUUGUUCAGCAGUCUCCUAUCAAUCUGUUUCUAAUAUCAUAUAAUAAUCGUCACCAUAGUACAAUAUAACAGUGUCAUCGUAAUCUAUAAUUGUUCAGCAGCCUCCUAUCAAUCUGUUUCUAAUAUCAUAUAAUAAUCGUCACCAUAGUACAAUAUAACAGUGUCAUCAUAAUCUAUAAUUGUUCAGCAGUCUCCUAUCAAUCUGUUUCUAAUAUCAUAUAAUACUCGUCACCAUAGUACAAUAUAACAGUGUCAUCAUAAUCUAUAAUUGUUCAGCAGUCUCCUAUCAAUCUGUUUCUAAUAUCAUAUAAUAAUCGUCACCAUAGUACAAUAUAACAGUGUCAUCGUAAUCUAUAAUUGUUCAGCAGCCUCCUAUCGAUCUGUGUCUUUUUUUGUUAUUGUUUCCCACGAGUCAAAGGAAGGGACGGAGCGUGUUGCACAUUGGUCCAGAUGUGUGCAAGCAAUUGUUGCAGCGCAUGAAGCAAGGGCUGGGAGGAGGAGCUCGAGGAGGAGGAGGAGGAGGAGCUCGAGGAGGAGCUUUUCCCCAUCCUCUAAGGGGAGGGAUGUGAGACCCAACAGCAUAUGUGCCGGAUCCUUGCCUUUGGGAGGAGGAGCAUCCCCCCGCCUCCUCUUGCGCCUCUUGCGCCUCUUGGCACACACAGGCCUCCCUCCACCUGUGAGGCUGCUCCAUCAGAGGAGGAAGGAAGGAAGGACGGGUGGCCUUUUCUCUUGGAAGCGCCUGCAGAGAUGCUGCGAAGAGGAGGAGGAGGAGGAGGAGGCGGCUGAUGGGCCUGCGAGAGCUGAAUCUUAAGGAGCAAAAGAAAGAGCGCCUGCCGCAUGCCUGCCGCUCGCCUGGACUCCGGAUUGCUAAGCGACCUGGGACUGAGAAGAGACUCUUUGUGCCACCGAGAGAGAGCGAAUACAAGGGAAAUGACUUGUGACUUCCAUGGGUUUCCGAGGGAAGGAUGUGCCGAGAGCCCAGCGGUAGAUUCUUCUUCUUCUUCUUCUUCUCGGGAGGGAAAAGAUGGAAAGCGAGGCCAGGCCCAGGAGGACGCCUAGGAGUUUAAGGUGGCAUCUCGGGAAUUAAAUUGCAAGAUAUCGAAAGAAGAAGCGGAUCCGGCAAUCCCGCCAUGAGCGAGGAACUGAAUGUCCCGGCGGACCCGCCAGCGUCUGCGUGCUGCGCGGAGCCGCCGGCCAAAGGCAUGGACUACCGGGACUGGGUGCGGCGCAGCUACCUGGAGCUGGUGACCUCCAACCACCACUCGGUCCAGGCCCUGUCCUGGCGCAAGCUCUACCUCAGCCGCGCCAAGCUCAAGGCCUCCAGCCGCACCUCCGCCCUGCUCUCCGGAUUCGCCAUGGUGGCCAUGGUGGAGGUGCAGCUGGAGAUGCAGUACCAGUACCCGCCGUUGCUGCUCAUCGCCUUCAGCGCCUGCACCACCAUCCUGGUGGCGGUCCACCUCUUUGCCCUGCUCAUCAGCACCUGCAUCCUGCCCAACGUGGAGGCGGUCAGCAACAUCCACAACCUGAACUCCAUCAGCGAGUCCCCCCAUGAGCGCAUGCACCCCUACAUCGAGCUGGCCUGGGGCUUCUCCACCGUCCUGGGCAUCCUGCUCUUCCUGGCCGAGGUGGUGCUGCUCUGCUGGAUCAAGUUCCUGCCCGUCGACGCCGCCCCCCGCCGCCGUGCCGAGCGGCAACAGCAACAGAACGAGACACUCCCCGCCGAAGAGUCUGGGCAGCACACCGGGUGGCAGGCCGCCCUGGUCUCCACCAUCAUCAUGGUCCCGGUGGGCAUCAUCUUUGUCGUCUUCACCCUCCACUUCUACCGGUCCCUCGUCCGGCACAAAACGGAGCGGCACAACCGGGAGAUCGAGGAGCUGCACAAGCUGAAGGUGCAGCUGGACGGCCAUGACCGGGGGCUGCAGGUCGUGUGAGCGGCCCAGGCACACGCAUGUGUCUGCGCACUCGCUCGGCUGAACCUUUUCCGAAAUGUGUGUCCACACUCUCACUCACAAUAGCAUAUAUUAUAACGCAUACGGUUUUCGUGCAGUCAGAUAUUCAAAUAACCACCCGUGUGCGAAUGAAAAUACACACGCAUGUAUCAAGUCGCACAAGACAGCAUGAGAAAUGCUUUGGACACUUAUUACGCUGAGUUUGAACCUGUGGAUGUCACACUAUGUAAAAGAAUUUGGAAAAAAAAGUUCUGUUCCUGGUUUGAAAGCAGUUUAAUUGUGUAGAACUUAAUUUGAAAGGAGUUGUUCUACUCCAGAAACUUUAUUUUUGUGGCUGCCACAAACUAGGUCGAAUUGGCUGAAAUAUGCACUGAAAAACUAGAGCAAAAUGUGCUGUCGCAGGACGUCCCUCCCUCCCGCAGAAACAAAGUUUGGGAAGUUUAAUAAACUUUUCCCGUGUUUUUAGGAGGGAACCAAUUAGGAAAUGGCAUUAAUAACCCAGGAACAAAAGUCGUGUCGCAUAAUGUUAUGGCCGAAUUCUCAAUAGGAGAAAGCGGCACUUAACCCCGCUGCUAAAAACCCUUCAAUUAUUAAUCUUUCUAGUGGUAAUACGUGCCUAAUAGCUAGACCUCAUUCCCUCCUUCUCGUGCUCAGUUGCCUGCAGGAUACAAUCAUCACUAUAGUGUUAACUCGUAAGUGUAUUGUAUUUGCAUUUAAUUCCUCUCUUGAUUCUCGUUAGUUGUUUAAAGUUGCCUAAACCGCCCGUUAAUUAUUAAACUUUUCUGAACACUGA